GUUGAGUUUUCCUAUCCUCCCCUAAAGCCUGGAAAAGGACAUGACAGCCACAGUUUACCAGAGGAAUGGAAGUACUUGCCAUUUCUUGCCUUACCAGACGGCGCUCACAACUAUCAGGAAGAUACGGUGUUUUUCCAUUUGCCACCGAGAUGCGGGGACCAAACCACAGUAUAUGGUGUCUCUUGCUAUAGGCAGAUUGAAGCGAAGGCAUUAAAAGUACGGCAAGCAGACAUCACCCGAGAAACAGUACAGAAAAGUGUGUGUGUUCUCAGUCAGCUGCCUUUGUACGGGUUACUUCAGGCGAAGCUGCAACUCAUUACACAUGCGUAUUUUGAAGAAAAAGACUUCUCGCAAAUUUCAAUUCUAAAGGAACUUUAUGAUCAUAUCAAUAGUUCCUUGGGCAAUACUUUGCUAGAAGGGUCACAAGUUUAUCUUGGUCUGUCUCCUCGGGAUCUUGUUCUUCACUUUAGACACAAGGUAGGCGUUAUCUGCUAGAUAGAUGAAGUACAGCACUUACUUUGUGGAGUAAAACACUUUGUGAGGAACGGAAGAAUAUACAUGUCCAGACAUACCUGAGCUAGGAGUAAGAAGACUGUUUCCUAAGUACUUCUGGGUACAGCCUCCUGAUUUCCCUUCCCCUUCUGCCUACAUAACUUCAGUGAAAGUUAAGUUCCAGACUGAAAAGUUUUGUCUGUCUGCUGGAUUCCCUGGAGAUUUCUAGGU